UGUGAUUUAGCUGGCCCUUUGAUGUAAUAUUUUGUGCCUUCUCUCCCCUCACUAAAUACACACACAACUCCUCUUCCAUCUAUCCAUCUCCUCUCCUCUCCUCUCUUGCAUUUCAUACAACACACAAACUCCCAAAAUUUUCUACUCUGAAAAAUAAAAGAAAAAAAAAAAAAACAAAUACCUAAAAUAAAGUAACAAAACCCUUCUUCCCUCUUCCUCGUUUCUUCACCUCACACUCUAAAUCUUCUUUGUCUUUCCCACAUUUCUCUCAGAUCUAUACCUGAAAAUACCCAAACUUUUCCAGAAAAAUUUAUUCUUUUUUUCAAAACUAAAUUUUGAGUAAAUUAAAUACUUCCUGUUGUGGGUUGUUUCAUAGAUUUGUCAUGUGAGAUGAAGAAGACAACCGAUAACCCAAAUUUCUUGUUCUUCAACUUUCUCUUGUUUUCAUCCCUUUUUCUCACUCAAAAAUCAUUAGGUUUUGUUGGAAGUGGUAAAUUAAGCGAUGCAGAAGUCAGAUACAUUGCUCGUAGGCAACUUCUUUACUAUAAAGAUGAAUUCGGUGACAGAGGUGAAAGAGUAAUCGUCCCUCCUAACCUCACUUUUCCUAAUCAGAGGCUAAGAGAUGCCUACAUUGCUCUUCAAGCAUGGAAACAAGCUAUUCUGUCCGACCCAAAUAACUAUACUGCUAAUUGGGUCGGAUCUGAUGUUUGUCAUUACUCGGGUGUGUUUUGUGCUCCGGCACUUGACGAUCCUUACAUUACUACUGUGGCUGGGAUUGAUUUAAACCAUGCGGAUAUUGCUGGUUAUCUGCCUGAGGAACUGGGUCUUUUACGAGAUCUUGGGUUGUUUCAUAUCAAUACAAAUCGGUUCUGUGGUACUGUUCCUCAGAAAUUCCGUAAUAUGAAACUAUUGUAUGAGUUAGAUCUUAGUAAUAAUCGAUUUGCUGGGAGAUUUCCUAAGGUGGUUCUUUCUUUACCCUCUUUGAAGUUUUUAGAUCUGAGAUUCAAUGAGUUUGAGGGUGAUGUUCCUCGUGAACUUUUUGAUAAAGAUCUAGAUGCCAUUUUUAUCAACCAUAAUCGGUUCCAAUUUCAGUUACCUGAUAAUUUUGGCAACUCACCUGUUUCAGUCAUUGUUCUCGCUAACAACAAAUUCCAUGGUUGUGUGCCUGAAAGUUUGGUUCAUAUGUCCAAUUUGAACGAGAUUAUAAUGAUGAACAAUGGGUUUAAAUCUUGUCUGCCAAAUGAUAUGGGUUUGCUCCAAAAUUUGACGGUGUUUGAUGUCAGUUUUAAUGAGUUAAUGGGUCAUUUGCCGGAAUCUUUUGGAGAUAUUAAGAGUUUGGAGCAGCUUGAUGUGGCACAUAAUAUGUUUUCAGGGAGAAUUCCUGCCAGUAUUUGUAAGUUGCCCAACUUGAAGAACUUUACUUACUCAUAUAACUUCUUUACAAGUGAACCGCCUGUUUGUUUGCGACUUCCUUCUGUUGCCGAUAGACGCAAUUGUAUUCCCAGGCGGCCUGUUCAACGCUCCGCCUCUGCUUGUAGAGCUUUCUUGUCUCAUCCUGUUGAUUGCUCAUCAUUUGGUUGCGGUGGUGGUGGUGGUGGUGUUACGCCUACCCCUGUUGUUCCCGUUUCCCCUUCGCCUCCUAUUGUUGUCUAUCCUUCACCUCCACCGCCGGUGUACUCUCCUCCACCUCCGCCUCCACCGCCUCCUCCACCACCUCCAGUGUACUCUCCUCCACCUCCACCACCGCCUCCGCCACCACCACCUCCUCCAGUGUAUUCCCCUCCUCCACCUCCGCCACCACCUCCACCUCCGCCACCUCCUCCACCACCUUCCCCACCCCCUCCAUCUCCUUCACCCCCUCCUCCACCUCCACCUCCACCACCACCAUCUCCACCGCCUCCAUCUCCUUCACCACCUCCUCCACCACCAUCACCGCUCCCACCACCGCCAUACAUGUAUUAUUCACCACCUCCGCCACCAGCAUCACCGCCACCAUGCGUGGAACUACCACCACCAGCGCCAUAUGUAUAUGUAUCACCACCACCACCAUCACCGCCACCAGCUCCAGUUUACGAAGGUCCAUUACCACCAAUCUUUGGUUUGCCAUAUUCAUCACCACCACCACCACCUUUCUAUUGAUUCUUUUAAGAUGAAUUUUUCUUUUUCUCCUCUAACUUCAUCAUCCCCACUACAAAUCAUGAUCACAUUUUUAUCAACUAUUAUUACUAAAAAAUUUUACUUCUUUUGGGAAAUAAAGCGGGUGACAACUUUGUAUGAGAGUUUAUAUGAAUUUGCAUUGAAGAAGAUGAAAUUGGAAAGAAAGAGGAGGAAAUUACUAGGAUAUAAUUCUCUUUGCCACAAAAAUUUAUGGAUAUUCUGUCUCUUUAUCUCAAGAGUUGUGAAAUAAAAUCUGGUGCAGCUGAGGAACAAAAUCAACAAAAAAAAUUGCAGGAAAAAAAAGGAGUAGGAUUUGCAGGGGAAAAUGUAUGUAUAAACCAUAAAAAUCAUUUGGGUGGCUUAAAAAAAAAAAAAAGGGGGAAAUUGCAGCAAAACACUUCUCCCUGGUGUUUGCUGCUGAUGCUGCUAUGUGGGUUUGUUAUUAAAUUUUUUUCUUAUUUAUGAUCAUACAAUUUCUUUUUUUAUGAUUUUAUUUUGAUUCUGCAUUUAUUAUUAUAGUAUAAUUUUGGAACAUUUUUACUAUCUUUGUAUUCAUUUUUCAGAUUCAUAUCACCUUGUCUAUC